CAAUGCAGGGGAAUAAGAAACACACAGACGGACAAAGUGACUCCUCCAGUAUUGGCAGCCUCCUGGACGAGACAGACCGAGAGGUCUGCAGCCUCACAGACCGGGCCUUCAAAAGUCUCUGCCUGGAUGAAUUGGAAUUGUCCUACACCGAGGCAGGUCCGGUUGUUUCACCCGGCAUUCAGCAUCCAUUCUCCAGCAAAUACUUCCAAGGCCCCCGGAACCAUGCCCUCAAGAAGCACAUUGCUCCUAACAAGCUGUUGCCCCAAACUGAAGAGCAUUCAACAUUCCAGCAGCUACCAAAGGACACGCAAGAAGAGAAAGGGGCUGUGGCAAACAGCAUCCCAAACAUCAGGAGGAAGCUGGGCUUGCCGGUGCCCAAUUUGCGCCAUUGCAAACAUACCUCAAAAGUGUCCUCUCUGAUAAAGACCUUUGACAAGGGGGAGAACCAGGAGGCACCUGCCCAAGCAGCACAGCCAGUUAAAAACCAUUUGCCAAAAUGCCCGCCAGUUUGUGGAGCCAGCAUGGCCCUUUGGGGGAGCAAAAUGAUUCUGAACUUCCCAAAAGAGCUCUCUGGAUUUUCAGGGGCAGGCCAACAUGUGGGAGAUGGGCCUACCAGGCAUGAGAUGCACAAAAGACAUCACAACCCAAUGGAUCUGCUCUGUCCAGGCCCACCUCAUUUCCAUCCUGUUCUGGCAGUCACUUCCCACAUACCGCACUCCAACAUCUCCACAUUCUCUAAAAAGAUCAUGCAAAAGAGAAUAGGAAAGGCAAAAGAGCCAGCCGGGAGGGGCAGUUUUCUCCACAGCGAGAACAGUGCUUUCGAAUCCUGGAAUGCACACCACAAAAAGCUGGCUGGGAUGAGGGGAUCUACUGAAUGGAUGCCGGCGGAAGAGAAUCUUGCAUAUUUGGAAGACACGCCUUGCUUCAAAGAGUCCUACAUGCUUGACUGCCAGCCGUCCCCCCUAGAGACUGCCAAUUCUGUCGUUCUAGAGCAGGAUGUAUCAUCAGAUGCAUUUCCACAAAAACCUUUGUCCCUAAUCUCCCUUUCUCCAGUCUCUCUAUGCCAGAGCCCGUGUCUCCCACUCUCUACAGCCAGAGACCCUCUUGCACAACCGCCAUCACCACCUCCUUCUUCUGGCAUCGCAAUGGCUGUAGACAGGAUCCCCACACCACCAUCCCUCCCCUUCAAAGCCCCUUUCCCUCGAGUGCUGAGCCCCCAGGUGGUUCCUUCUCCAGUAGCAACGGCCAAGGCUCCCAUUCCACUCCUCUAUGUGCCUCAGCCCCCUCUUCCAUCAGAGGCCAACUCCCACAAUGCUGGCACACACAGGCCACAAGCCACUUUGCAUCCAGAGAAGAAAAACCACUUGGGACGUGAUCCAGAACUGGGGAAGGUUUGCCCUCCUUGGAGGAGACAGAGGACAGUCCUCGGGGAAAUGGAGGAGGCAGCAGCUGUAGCCCAUGAAGGUCUUGAGAUAAAAGAUUCUGUACAAGGCAACUCCUCAGAUGCCCCUUCUUCAGCUGAUGUGGCCACUGCUGAUUUCCAUGUCACCUUGUCUGAUGCCUCCAGUCCAUCCUUCAACAUCACACAACUCCUAACGCCCCUCAUCCCUCCCAAGCAGGAGAAAGAGCCCCCUGAAAUGGCGACCCCUCCCCUUCCUGCAGCUGAAGCAGCCAAAGAACCUGAGGAGAGAGCGCUUCACAGUUCUCAAAACAAUUACAAGUCUAAAGCAUCAAGUCUGUUAUUCAACCUGAAGGAUAUUCGAAAACGUGUCAAAAGCACUUACAGCCCCUCUCCUCUCCGGAAGGCCUUUGAAGACAAGAAGAUCAAAGAACCAGACGGCCUAAAAGCAAGUGUGAAAAAUCUGCUGGAAGAAAGCAGUUCAAAAUCAGCAGAAAAUGAUGAAGCCAACCAGAAGCCUUCUGGGGAAAUGGGCAGCGCCCAGGGAAAGGCAAGGGCCGCCCUCUUAAAGGGGCAUCUGCCGGGCAACCACCGGACUUUGAGUUCACCACCGUCAAAGGCAGACCCCUCAGGGGAUCAAAAGAGAAAUCAUUUGCAGCAGGAGAAUUUAAUGGAUUUUGAGGAUGGGGAGUUGGUCACUGUCGUGGAGUUCCCCCCAAAGGAUCACAGCCCAGCUCGUGAUCCUCCUUCACCCAGAUCGGAGCAGGACAGGCACCUGCAAAAUGCCAGCUUACGGGAUCCCCAAAACAAAAAAGGUACUCAAAGUCAUGGUGUGGAUGUGGGACCCCAAGAGUCCCCCAGCUUGUUUUUCACAGCUGAAGAAAACAUGAACGACAGUGAAAAUAGGGCCUGCCCAGAAAGUGGGACUGAGCAUAAGGACAAAAGGAGCAGCAGCUCUUCUGAACAAUCCUUUGUCUCCAUCAUAGACCAGCCAUCUCACGAGGAGUCCUUCUCUCUGAUGCAGCUCUUCCAGAAAGCGUGCCUUCAAGAGAGCCAGAGGAAUAUGGACAAGGGAAGUGUGGAGGAGAAGCCCAGCAACAAGGAAGAAGAAGAGAAGUCCGGCAGGCAAGAGGAGGCCUCACAGGACCUCAGCAACGAUGACCUGAGCCCAGAUGGAAAGAGUGAUGGGAAGGUGGAGCAGAGCCAAGUGGAGGAGGAAACGGUGCAGGAACGCCUGUGGGGGGAGAGGAGAGAAGGCAAAGGGCAGAGCCUGGAUUCGGCUUCAGAAGGCAGGUUGGAAGAGCCGCUGACACCCACUUCAUCCAGCUCAUUCAAGCCCCAUUUGUUCAAGAUCAAAGACAACACAUUCAAGUCCCCCCCAGUGAUAAAAGCAGUUCGGCUGCCUCUGUUCAGGUCGUUGUCCUGUGACGGGGCCAUUGCAGGGGGCUCCAGGGAGAGCGAAAGGCUGGCCUGUGGACCAUUCCAAACCACUCCAGUGAUUCAAGAGACCGACUGGCCUUUGCCAAGAAACAGAAGGCAGCAGAGGACAUGGAGGGCAGCAGCUGCAACAGCCAGGGAAGGGGAGGAGUCAGGAGAGAGCCCAGCACGAGUGGGCGGCCAAAGGGCAGGGGAAGGCAAACUGGUGGCAGAGUCUACUCUUCAGGAACCACUGAGCAGCUUUUAUGAGCAGCAGCCGGUGGAAGAUGAUGAAGGAAUGGCUGUUCCCCAAGGGACAGGACAAAACAAGCAUAAAGACCAUGAGAAACGACUGAGAGGGGACAAAGAAAAAGCCAGAACCAGGAAACCGAGGCCGAGUUCUGCCAGUCAGUUACAUCUUGACGGUGACUUUGCACGAAACGAGACCCCGUCCCCGACAAGGGAGAAGGCAAAUUAUUAUAAGAAUAAUCUCUUGUCCAAACGCAGAAGUGGCUCUUGUGAGAAAAAAGUGAUCACUCGAGAGUCAAGAUCUCCCACGGCCUCAGAGAUCCAGGCCUAUUCUCCUGCCUUCAGCGAUGCAUUCAGAGACAGCCUGUGUGCCACUAGCCUAUCGAGCUCCACUGCCCCAAGCCCAAGGUCAGACAGCACCAUGCAGUCGGCCUUCACAAGUCCCAUGUCAGACGCAGCUGCAACCUGCAGCACUGAGAAAACAGCCGCCUCCUCUUCACUGCCCAGGGGGAUGUACAGAGAAGAUGCCCCUUCUGCGGCAGAAACAUCUGAGCCAAUGCAGAUGAGUCAGCUCUCCGGACACACUGAUGGCUCUUCUGUGACAAGUGAGAGAACUCAGCUGAUAAGGCAAAUGGUGAAGACAGCAGCCAAACCCCCUGCUGUGCCACCCAAAACAGAGAAGGCAUUACGACGGGCAAAGAAACUGGCAAGCAGAAGGAAAAAAGAAACACAGCAGAAAAAGCCUACAGCUGAAUCUCUGCCACCCUGUGAUGAUAUCACACCUGUGCCGCUGGCCCAAACUCCACUCUUACCAACGCGCCUUAGUUCACCUGUGAUGCCCUCCAAAUCUAACCAGGUGGCAUUACCCCCCAUCCCCUCAAGCCCCCUGCCUUCUCCUGCAACUCAACGUAAACUCCUCCAGGAUCCGGACUCGGGAGAGUAUUUCAUGGUAGAUCUGCCCACCCAGUUCAAGACUUUGUUUGAUCCAGAGAGUGGCAGAUACAUUCAAGUCUCACUUCCCUCUUCCAAACGAAACUUGUCACAAACACCAUCUUCAGAGGCCCUUGCUCCUCCUUAUGUCCUGUACCCCAAUGUUCUCCCCCUCAGAGUUUCAUCUGUCCCAGCUAGGGCCUCUCCUUCACAGCUUUCUGAACCCGCUUCACUUGUGCAAGGAGCCCUCUCAGAAUCCGCUUCAGAUUGGCAGCAAGAGGGCUGCCAUCCAGCAUCCCUGAACAGCCAGCAUUACCUGGCGUCUGUUGCACCUGAGGAUCCCACUCAAGAAGCUGACGGGCCACCCUUUAGCUUUGAACGGGACAAGACGGACAUUAUUUCACUUGGUGCCAUUGAAGAUUUCGCCAUUGAAGGGAUAUCGUGA